AUGUCGACAUCCACCAAUCCUGUGCAUGACUGGAGCGCAGCACAAUAUCUCAAAUUCAAAGAUGAGCGCACUCAACCAGCCCGCGAUCUCCUCGCUCGAGUCCCCCUCCAAGCCCCAAAGACGAUAGUAGACUUGGGCUGCGGCCCUGGAAACUCCACUGCUGUGCUUGAAUCCCGGUAUCCGGAUGCGCACCUAGUUGGCAUGGACUCUUCGCCUGAUAUGAUUCGCAAAGCUCAAGCCACGCUCCCACAUUUGGAAUUCAGUGUUGCGGAUUUGAAUACAUUUUCACCGCAAGCUCCCGUCGACCUGUAUUACUCCAAUGCUGUGUUCCAGUGGCUUGAAAGAGAACAGCGUAUUGAGGUUAUCAAAAGAUUGAUGGAGACUCAGCCAUCGGGUGGUGUUUUUGCGUUUCAGGUUCCUGAUAACUUGAAUCAGCCCUCCCAUGUGUUGAUGAGGGAGACUGCUGAAAGUGGUCAUUGGGCGACUAAAUUGCAGGAUGUUGGUCGUGAUACGUUCCAGUCACCGCAGGAGAUUUAUGAUCGGCUGAAGCCUUUUUGUUCAGAGGUAAACUUGUUCCACACGACCUACUACCAUUCUCUUGAAAACCACCAAGCUAUCAUUGAAUGGGUCAAGGGAACGGGAUUACAGCCUUAUGUCAAUCCAUUAGAUGCACAGGAGAAAGAGGAGUUCCUGAAGGAAUACUUGAAACGGUUGGAGAGAGCCUAUCCGUCGACGAUUGAUGGUCGAGUGCUACUUCCAUACCCGCGACUGUUUGUUGUAGCCGUCAAGAAAUGA